CAGAAGUAUACGAGGAAACCGCGUCUCUACCGAUUGGAUUUAAAUUUGUGUUCCACUCUCUUCCUGGAUUCUGGAUCCACAGGGCAAUUCAGUGCGGUGUUCUGGUUCGUGAGUCAGAGGAACCAAUCCACAGCAGUUACAAGUGGCGUCGGUUCGGUUGUUUACGUCUGUUUGUCAGAGACUAUUUGGACUUAAUUUUUCCUGGUCUGGUCCGGCACAGAGCAGGUGGACAAGACUAGGUUCUGCUGGACCGGCUCAGUCACACAGGAUUUUUUUAAGUGAUAACUGUACACCACCAGCCCUCCACCCGAAAAAAGACCAAUGAGAUUGGAUCUAUUUUUAGUGUUUGGGAUGGGGUAAAAGCAGGCAGCAGGAAACCUGACUCUCCUUCACCUUUUCUUCUCCCUACAAACUGUUGCACUUUUUCCUGUCAUGGAUUGGCAGAAACCUGGUGUUUUACAAGUAGACCAGAAGAAUGUAAACAUUUUAUCAACAUAUUGAGAUCUUUGUCUAAACUAAACUGACCAUGUAGCCUUAAGAAUUCGGGACUACUAGAGGGUAUAUAUUUCACUGCACACAUAAGGUCUGCUCUAGAUAAAGAAAUUAUGAUGGAUAAUACAUUUACUGUGUAUUUUUAAAUAUUGCAAAAGAACACAGAGUUUUGGCCUUUGUUCUUUAUUUUUUCAAACUUUUAGUGACACUAAAACACAACACAGCUAUUUUGACUACCUGAAAAACAUGUCACCAGCAAACUGAAGCAUCCAGUCCACACAAAGAAAUGCAUGAAACCGUCAGUACCAAUUCAGUAAAACUAAGCUAAAUAAUUUAUUUCUUUUAGUCCCUGUAUCUACAGAGAAAUAGAAUAUAUAUGUAUAGCAAAAGAUCUAUUGUGUAAUUCCGCAGAAGACAAGAAAUAUAUUUUUACUUCAGAGAGACAAGUUGCCUGCUUACCUGUUUGUUGCCUUAAAUUCUAACAGAGUAAAAAAAACAAAAAACAAUUGAAGCAGGAGAAGAAGGUGCCUUUUAAUUGCUUAGUCAGCUUCCUACCAUUUCAAGCUUCACAAAUUUGUUGGAUGUAAAAUCUUGAAGUUAACUCUGGGAAUGAUAAUGUUUACCUAAGCGCAACCCCACCCCAAAAGGGAAAAAAUAAAUCUGUCAGAGCACAGACCGUGUUUCCCACUGGACUGAACAUUUACCAAAUCUUCCUAUGGUUGUUACAUCGUCAUCUGUGGAGGACAAGACUGGAUCCGCCUGCAGGAUGGUCCAGUCCGAGCCUUGGAUCUCCUCAUCACUGCUUCGUAUGAACAACAAGAGUGUAAGCAGCUCAGGAUGUCCACCCACCUCCUCCUCCUUCUCCUCCACCUCCUCCUCCUCCUCCUCCUCCUCCACUGCCCAGGGCUUCUCCCUCGCUGAGCCAGCCAUGACCAGCCAGCACACGCAUACACACCCCUCCUUCAGCUCCAUCCAGUCCAUGGCCGAUCAGCAGCAGGUGCUGUCCGAUAUGACCAUACUCCAACGAAGGAUUCCCCCCAGUUUCAGAGACCCUGCUAGUGCUCCAUUGAGGAAACUCUCAGUUGACCUUAUCAAAACUUAUAAGCACAUCAAUGAGGUGUACUAUACCAAGAAGAAAAGGCGGGCCCAGCAGGUCCCUCCUGAAGAUAGCAGCACGAAGAAGGAGAAAAAAGUUUACAAUGACGGCUAUGAUGAUGACAACUAUGAUUACAUUGUGAAAAAUGGAGAAAAGUGGCUGGACCGCUAUGAAAUAGAUUCACUGAUCGGAAAGGGCUCUUUUGGACAGGUGGUAAAGGCCUAUGACCACCACGAACAGGAAUGGGUUGCCAUUAAGAUCAUAAAAAAUAAAAAGGCAUUUCUAAACCAGGCCCAGAUUGAACUACGCCUGCUGGAGCUCAUGAACAAGCAUGACACCGAGAUGAAAUAUUACAUAGUCCACCUGAAGCGUCACUUUAUGUUUAGGAACCACCUCUGUUUGGUGUUUGAGUUGUUGAGCUACAACCUGUACGAUCUGCUGAGGAACACCAACUUCAGAGGAGUUUCUCUCAACCUCACAAGAAAAUUUGCACAACAGCUCUGCACAGCAUUAUUAUUCCUGGCCACUCCAGAACUGUCAAUCAUCCACUGCGAUCUAAAACCAGAGAAUAUCCUGCUGUGUAAUCCCAAAAGAUCUGCCAUCAAAAUAGUGGACUUUGGAUCCUCAUGUCAGCUGGGACAGAGGAUCUAUCAGUACAUCCAGAGCAGAUUUUAUCGCUCACCUGAGGUUCUUCUGGGAAUGCCAUAUGACCUGGCUAUUGACAUGUGGUCUCUGGGAUGUAUCCUUGUGGAGAUGCACACAGGGGAGCCUCUCUUCAGUGGCUCCAAUGAGGUCGACCAGAUGAAUAAGAUUGUGGAGGUCCUGGGGGUUCCACCCAGUCACAUGUUGGACUCAGCUCCUAAAGCCAGGAAGUAUUUUGACAAGCUAUCAGAUGGCUUAUGGACAGUGAAGAAGAAUAAGGAUGUAAAGAAGGAGUAUAAGCCCCCAGCCACUCGGCGUCUUCAUGAAAUUCUGGGUGUAGAGACUGGGGGCCCAGGGGGCAGGAGGUCCGGAGAGCCAGGACAUGCCCCCUGUGACUACCUGAAAUUUAAAGACCUGAUCCUGCGCAUGCUGGACUAUGACCCUAAAAGUCGAAUCACACCAUUCUAUGCCCUGCAGCACAAUUUCUUCAAGAAAACUACAGAUGAAGGAACCAACACCAGUUCAUCUACAUCCACCUCUCCUGCCAUGGACCACUCACAUUCAACCUCCACAACUAGCUCUGUUUCUAGCUCUGGUGGCUCCAGUGGUUCUUCCAAUGAUAACCGCAACUACCGUUACAGCAACCGCUACUACAACUCUGCUGUUACCCAUUCAGACUACGAGAUGACAAGUCCUCAGGCUCCCUCCCAGCAGCAGAUGAGGAUGUGGCCAGGCAAUGAAAGUGGGGGUGGGGGUCAGGACCCAGGAUACACCCAUUUGCUGCUUCACAAACCAGCUGCGGCCCAGCCACACCAGCGCCACUUUUUGGACCCACCUCACCACCCGCACCCAACCUACUCCCACCAUGGGAAUGGUGGACGGGGUCUAAGGCAAGGUGGACAAACAAGUAUAGGCGGAGGUGGAGGUCAACAGGGAUCUUCACCCCAAUUGAGUGACAGCAUGGAUGUGGGGGUGUCCCUGGGGCUGCACCACCUGGGGGCAGUGUCUUCCAUGGAGGCCUCUCAGUUUGGCUCUGCGUCUCUGCCCCUCGCUUUGCCAAUUGGACUGUCUGCUUUCCGGACUCGGCCGGCCCCCAAUGCCCCAGGGCCACAAGCCCCGCCCCCUGAGGACUACUACCCUGCCUCCAACAACAAUAACCCUGCUCCAGGGGGCAGAGGGAGGCCGGAUUCAGACGAAGGGCCAGCCAACUCUUGAUAAAACCUGAAACAUGCCCUAAAGCCAUACAAAUUUUAACUUCAACAACUACUACUACACACACAGCCAGAGUUCAAAGAAGCGAGAGGAGACACUUUCUUCUGGAUAAGAGGCGGAAGAUGGAGGAGAAGGAAGAUGGAAACACCUUCCUUUUUUCCUGUUUUAGUUUCUUGUCACUGUUGCAACUGUAAUUGGUAAAGGAUGAUUAACAAGCGUGUUUGUAUUGAAAUUAUUUUAUUUGUCUUGGGUUUUAUGAGUUGGGUGUUGUUUUUUUGUUGUAGUUGUUUAAAUCUGGAGAGGAGGAAGGUGAUGAAUAGGUAAGAGAGGGGGCAUGUUUCUCCAUUUGUCUCCAAACUGUGGCUGUAAGCUGAAAGAUGGUCACAAAUCUGAUAUUACUGUAUUCAGAUUUAAGAAAUCAGCAGCCAUUGCGCACGCACACACUUACACACUCAGCACUGUUUAUUUUCCAACCUGGUUGGGGGAGGAAGGGGGAGGGGGCAGGAUACUGAUGCCUUGCUGACAUUCAAAUGGAUCUCCUUUUCCUCACUCUUCCCCCACUCCCUCCACUUUUCUUAAUGUGUUUCUCCUCCAGACAGCUCCUCCUCUCUGUGCUGCUAAUCACCAUGACAACCGGUUCGAAUUGCUGCUAAAGAUCCAACUCAGAUCAAUAAAAAUAUGAAACAGAUAGAAACAGAAAAGAAAACUUUUUAAUCUUUGAGCUUAAGAAAAAAAUGAUAAAGUAAAAACCACUGCAUCUCAAUGUAUUUAUUACUAUUUAACAUGAAAAAACAAACUGAAAGUAAUGGUUUUUUUCUGCUCUUUGUUUGGUUGCCUUCUUUCUGCAGGUGAGUUUUUGAUUAGCUAUUGUAACCGAGAGUAACUGGUGACCUGGGAAUGCCACUGGUUGUGAGGCCUGGGUUGAGGGGAAGGGUUGGGGAAAAAAGUUGGAUAUAUAAUAAGAAUAAAAGUAUACUUUUGCA